CAUUUGGCAUACACACAAUAUUUUUCUACAUCUCCCUCUCUUUAGCCUUCAUCAACGCAAUAGAGAAGAAUUCAGCGUGGGUUUGGUUGGUUAUUGUCAAAGCUUGUGAAGAGGAACAAAUCCAGAAAUCCAUAUUUGUCAGGAUUGGCUGCAGAAAACAGAGAGACAAAAAGUAUGGCAAUGUUUGAGCAGGAUCUCACCCUUGAAGCCACAGAGCUUAGAUUAGGCCUCCCAGGCACCAAGGAGCCUGAGCACAACACAUGUUCUAGUGCUUUAAUCAGCAGGAGCAACAAAAGACCAUUGCCAGCUGACAUGAACGAAGACAAGGAUUCUUCAGCUGCCAAAAGAUGUGACCAACAAAUUUCUCAGCCUCCCCACUCCAAGGCACAAGUAGUGGGGUGGCCACCAGUGCGAUCGCACCGGAAAAAUUGCUUGCAAGCAAAGAAAACAGGGGCGGAGGGUUGUGGGAUUUAUGUGAAAAUAAGCAUGGAUGGAGCUCCAUAUCUUAGAAAGAUGGAUCUGAAGGUGUACAGAGGAUAUCCAGAGCUGCUUAAAGCCCUGGAAGACAUGUUCAAGUUCAAAGUUGGUGAUUAUUGUGAGAAGGAAUUGGGGUACAAUAACAGAUCAGAAUUUGUGCCUACAUAUGAAGACAAAGAUGGGGAUUGGAUGCUGCUUGGAGAUGUUCCAUGGGAAAUGUUCAUCACUUCGUGCAAGAGGUUGAGAAUCAUGAAGGGUUCAGAAGCUAAAGGCUUAGGCUGCGCGCUGUGAUUGAUCAACAACUAAACAAUUAGAAGAAGAGACUUAUAUGAAAUAUAUAUUCUGUCAUGAAGACCAUCAAGGACACAUUCAGCUGCUUGCUUGGGCUUUCGCUGAAAGAAACAGAAACUUAGUUGAGUUGUUUGUAAUGAUAAAAAGUUUUUACAAGGAAGGAGUUUUCGAAAGAAGAAGGAAACAUUUUCAUGUAUAGUUUGCCAUGUUCUCUUCAAAGAAGAGUUGUACAAAGAAAAGAAAAGAAAAGAUAAACGAAAACAAAACAAAAAAGUUUGAGUAUUGCAUCAAUGAGAAAACUGUCCUGCAUGCCUUUGAGCAAUUUUGUUCAUUAA